GAGCUGGGUGGGUGGGGGGGUGUCUCGUUUCUUUCAUCUGCGCUGUACGGGCACGAGUCCAUCGUGCAUCUCGCACCGCGAAGCUCACCUCGAGGCACCCCACCGCGGCUCCUCACUCCGCCCGUCAUCUCGGCCGCGUGCGCCCGCGAGCCUCGGCAAGGAAAACAUCGCGCGGUUGCGUCCCGAAGGUGGGGAGCGGAUCAACGCGGGGGGGGGGGGGAGGAGACACGGGAGAGGAAAAGCGAAUAUAGGACGACGCGAUCACACGAUCCGGCUGUCUCCUCCGUUACCCGCUCCUUCUCCGCCGCGCGACUCCGAUUAGCGCUGUUGGCUAGGUACGGCGCGAAAGAAGUUCAACGUACGUACGUCGCAGCCCCCUCUGGGCUUGUCCGCGCCGCACUCGGUAACGAGGCACGUUCCUUCGCUUGCCAUGGCGCACAACAACAGCACCACCACCACCACCACUCGGAGCGCAUCACUGGGCCAUAAUGGCAACCACCAUCCUCAUCAACAACAACAACAGCAGCAGAGCAGGCCCCACCAAGAUCACCGCAGCUUCUGCUCGGAGUGCGAGGCUCUGGGCUCGGACCAGACGCACGCGGCGCGGUACCCUGCCCCUCUCUACAAGGAGCAGCCGCUUCAGCGCUGGCGGCAGGAGGCGGACGAGAAAACCGUGCAACCUCUCGACCCCCGCGCCCUGCAGAAGGCGAUGGAGGCGUAUUACUACGGCCCGGGCUUCGCCUCCUUUGCCGCUCAUCGGGCGGCCGUAGCCACCGACCCAGGCGGGGGGUUCAUGGGCACGCGGCCGCAGCAGGGGCCGCCGCUGCCGCCGCCGCCGCAGCUGCUGCUGCUGCACAAAGAUUCGGUGGCCGAGUGCUGCGAGACAACGUUUAGCGAGGGACGGGUCAGGCCGGCCGAUGCGUUGCCCGAGCCGGACUUUUGCGGGCUGGCCACGAGCGAUGCCCACGUGCACACGGAUUCGUACGACACGGACGAGGAAGACGAGAACUUCCACGAGCUCGACAGCGACUACUCGAGCGACACGGAGAGCGAGGACCACUUCAUGGCCCUCCCACCGCGCGACCACCUCAGCCUCUCCGUCUUCACUAUGCUCUGCUGCUUCUGGCCGCUAGGAAUCGCCGCCUUCUGCCUGUCCCGCCGGACGAGCAGGGCGAUCGUCAAGGGAGAGCUCCACCAGGCCAGCGCGUCAUCUCGCCGGGCGCUCUUCCUCGCCGUCCUCUCCAUCACCAUCGGCACGGGCAUCUACGUGGGCCUCGCCGUCGCGCUCAUCGCCUAUCUCUCCAAAAACGGUCACUUCUGACGCAGCCCCUGGGGCCCUCCGCCUGCCUCCUCCGCCCGCCCGUCCGCCUGCCCGCCCGCCCGCGGCUCGCCUUGACCCCGCGGCUCGCCUUGACCCCGCGGCUCGCCUUGACCCCGCGCUCGGCUACUGCCACCCCCCGCUGUCGCCUCGUCGGAGGGGCAGCGGAGGGUUCAGGUCGAGAGCGAGCGGUCGCGGCCAAGGCGAGCGGCAAUGGCACACGCGGCGACGGCGACGGUGCAGCCGGACCGAGUCUUCUUAAGCGCAAAAAAAAUUAGUAAUAAUAAUGAUGAUAAUUUCAAAAAAUGAUAAUAACGUCGCCGUCUACAGACGCGGCAUCUUCUCCAGCGUGGUUCCGUCCUCGUGAAUCCGAGAAGAAUCACACGAGACGGUAACGACCCCUUCCCCCCCCCCCUCUCUUCCACCUCUUCCCAUUCAUGCCAAAGGACAUUCUGCAUGGGAUGCAAGUUAACGCCCGUUCGACCACUAGCGCAGCUUUUCAACGCGGGCGCUACUCUCUUUGUUCGAUUGUUCGUUCGUUUGUUUGCGUGUUUGUCGCUCUCUCGCACCCCUCCCCACCCGACCCCCAAUAUGGUGAGAAGAAAAGGCAAGACGGUGGUUGAUGUGCUGUGAAAUUACCUGCUCAGAGCCUGGCCACAGUUGCCGGGACAAACGUAGCAGAGGGAGAGAAGAGAGGGGAGAGUUUAGUUUCUCGCUGCUAGGACCGCGGAUGACGAUAACCACCGGAGCCCAAGGGAGGCUGCCUCACCCCGAUCAUCAUUUUGUAACCAACCAUUUGUGUUGUUGUUGUUGCGGGGAAUUGUUCAGCAAAGGGGCCUCUGGGUAACCGGAACGUUGACGAUGGUAGCGAUGAUUUUGCGGGAUUUUAUAGCAAUAUUCUACGUUACCCGAUGCGUGCACUAAACUAGAGGAAGGUUAUUUAAAUGAACAAAAAAAACCGCGGUUUGUCAGAGUUUAUAUACGUCAUUUAAUAUAAAUUAUUCAAAGCAUAUACGAUAUGAAAUACAAAAUAUAUAACCGGCUAUGUGUACGUAUAUGUAUGUAUGUAUCCGUGUAUGCGUAUUGCAUUUUGUUAUCAAAAAUAAAACUGCAUUACACAAGGGGGGUGAGUACUGUCAAGACCAGAGGCUGUUGAAUGUGUGCGUG